AUGAAGUUCUCCACAGCAGCCAUUGCCCUUCUAGCCGGCGUCGUCGCCGCGGCGCCCGCCUCCGAAGUCUCCCGCAGCCGCGAGCGCCGCGCCGGAGGCAGCGAACUCAUCCAGCAGCUCCAGUCCACCUUUGACCGCAAUAACCCGAACGGCACCCCCGCCGCGGCCGGAGACCCUGACGACCUCAACGGUGAUGGUGUCAUCAACGUCUUCGAGGCAGGAGCCCAAGCCAGCAAGCGUAAGCGCGGUGGUGGCGGUAACGGUGGCCAGCAGGCUGCUGGUGCCGGUGCUGGGGGCAAUGGUGCCCAGGCCAAGGGUGGCAAUGCCGGCGGUAACGCCAACAACCAGAACAAUGCCGGCAAUGCUGCGGACGAAGAGGACGCCGCGGCUGGCAACGGUGCUGCCGCUGACGACGGGGAAGAUGCAGCUGCCGGUAACGGCAAUGCCAAUGCAGGCAACGGAAACGCGGCCGCAGACGAUGAGGAUGCGGCUGCCGGCAACGGCGGCGCUGCUGCGGAUGACGAAGAAGACGCUGCUGCUGGCAACGGCAAUGCCGGUAAUGCGAACGCCGGUAACGCCAAUGCUGGAGCCGGCAACGCGAAGGCUGGUAAGACCAAGAACGCCGGUAACGGUGCUGCCAACAACGCUGGCAACGCCAACAAUGCUGGAAAUGCUGCUGCUGGCAACGGUGCUGCCGCUGACGACGAGGAGGACGCUGCCGCCGGCAACGCUGGCAAUGCCGCCAACAACAACAACAACAAUGCAGGCAACGCAGCCGCCGAGGAAGAUGCCGCAGCUGGAAAUGCCAACGCCGGGAACGCAAACGCCGGUAAUGCCAACGCUGGAGCAGGAAACGCAAAGGCUGGCAAGAACAAGAACGCCGCCAACGGCGCUGCCAACAACGCCGGUAACAAUGCCGGCAACGCCAACAACAACAAUAACGCUGGCAAUGCCGCUGACGAAGAGGACGCUGCUGCUGGCAAUGCAGGCAACGCCGCCGAUGAGGAGGACGCCGCCGCUGGAAAUGGCAACGCUGCUGCUGAUGACGAAGACGCUGCCGCCGGCAACGGGAACGCCAACGCAGGCAAUGCGAACGCUGGAGCUGGAAACGCAAAGGCCGGCAAGAACAAGAAUGCCGGCAACGCCAACAACAACGCCGGUAACGCUGGUAAUGCCGCCGAUGAGGAAGACGCCGCUGCAGACAACGGAAACGCCGCUGAUGAAGAAGAUGCUGCCGCCGGCAACGGCAACGCUGCUGACGAGGAGGACGCCGCUGCCGGUGGCGCCGCGAACAACGGGACUGCCAACGCCGGCGCUGCUGCCGGCGGUGCUGGUGCGGGCAAGGCUAACAAGGCGAGCAAGGCCAAGGCCUCUCGCAACGGCCGCUCUCUCAACCUCUACGCCGCGCGCAACAUUGCGCGCGGCCGGGACUCUGAUGACCUAGACAAUCCCAAAGGCGCCGGUGAUGACUCUGAACAGACUGGUGGGCCAAAGGGCACAGGCAAAGGCAAGGGCAAGGGCAAGAACAGGUCGAAAGGCAAGCCUUCGUCGUAUUCGUCUAGGAAAGGCGACGAGGGCGGAAAUGGGCCUGGGAAGGAUGGCCGACCUGAUCGGUCUGGCGAUGGCCUCAGGGUGGAAGAAAGUCCCGCAAUGAUCGGUCGCCCUGAUGGUCCCGGGUCUGGGCUUGGGUUUGCUGAGUUGUCCGAGUUUUUUGAGAUUCGGUGUGAUGAGUGA